CGUCUCCGAGGCGGUAUGGGCAUCCAUGAGGGAUUUGUCGAGAUCUACCACGGGAUCUGGGGCAGCUGGGGUGCUGUCGUUGAUAGCCACUUCGGAGCUAACGAAGCCAGAACGGUUUGUAAUCAGCUUGGAUUCAAAGGGGGAGCGGUAGAAUACUACGAUGGUGAUGCCCCCUUCAGGUUGUACUUUUAUGAAUCACAUGACGACAUCUUUGCUUGGACCAAUUCCGUGGACUGUGAUGGAAGUGAGGGUCGCUUGACCGAUUGCAACAUCGUUUUUCAGGCGUAUGAGGUGCCAGCCGAAGCACUCAAUGGGGUAGUUUGCGAUGUUGAUGGGAGCUCAAUCUACAGAGGCAAGAUACGGUUGGUUGAUGGAGAGGAUUUCACCCAUGGGCGAGUAGAGAUCUAUCUAGAGAAUAAGUGGGGAACGAUUUGCAAUGAUGAUGACUUCAAAUACGAAGAAGGCUAUGUUGUCUGUAGAUCACUGGGCUUUCCUGAUGUCGAGAGUUAUGGAAAGGAAUCUAUCCCUUCUGGAAUCGACAACAUUUAUUUGGAACAUUUGGAUUGCGAUGGAAGCGAGAGCUCCGUUUUGUAUUGUCAAGCUCGACAGAUUCAUAAUUAUAACUGUGGAAACUCGGGUGAAGUGGUCGUCAGGUGCUCACGUCCUGCUGAUGAGAAUGACGGUCCUGGUAACGAACUCAUAGCAGGGAUAGCAGGAGGGACCUUUGCAGGAAUCUUCGUCAUCUCAUUGGUCAUCAAAUCGUUUAAGAAAUCCAAUGCCUCAUCUAGACGGACGACAGCAGGAGAGCCAACCAACCAAGCCACAGAUAUCACUGUUCAUAAGUACGUUAAUCCACAAGGGGUGCAACAACCAUUCCAACCGGCCCACGAUCCGACCGGAAGUCAACCUCACAGUGGCUCAUAUCCUGCUUCUGCCUCUUAUGGUAUGCAAGGUAUGCCACAUCUUGGAGGACAUUCUGGACCCGCAGGAGGAGGCUAUUCGCAGGGAUACCCAGGGGCUCCUGUAGUACCGCAGGAACAAUUGACAUCAACCGCAACUUAUCACCUAGCUACUCCAUCGUCUGGAUCCCCAGCCCAUCAAGGUCUUGGUCUACCUCCUCAAGCGUCCAUGAGACCAGUGUCUCCCGGACUCGUCAACCCACCUGCGCCCUCACAUGGCAUUGCCAGUUAUGGUGUGUCUGCUGACGGUUCACCACCCGUGUAUACAGUUCAACCUGCUGCUCCUCCCCAAGUCUAUACCAUCACCCAGCAGACAAAGCAUCCAUAGUUAUAAAGUAAGGAAUUGCGUCAAAGACGAUGCUUUCAUCUCCACCAAGGUUAGCCAAAGAUAUUAAAGACAUCCAUGUACUUCCGUCUCAUCUCCUCCAGCAUUCCCAGAUGGAAAAAGUCGUGCACUCCUCUCGGAGUAUGAUUACAAGACAACUCUCUCCCAAGGACUGUCGUAUAUUUACAAAAAAUAGAAUUUCGAGGGAUCGCUGCCCAUGGAACUGGUAGUGCAUAACGAAGAUAAAUGUGACCGUUUUUUAAACAUUGAUUAUAAAAUAAUGAUGAUUAACCGAUCUGAAAUGGAUCCAACUCCAAUACUGCGAACCAGGUCCCCGUAAUAACACAAAGCUUAGCGAUGAAUAGCAAUCAUGACAGAACGCUUGUGAUUGGUUCCUGGUCAGUAUUUUGCGCCAAAUGCGCACGUAAAUUGAUCUAGAUUGGUCAGUCCAUUUAGCAAUAAGUCGCUAAUCUUUGUGUCACGGAGCUCAGAUGAUCAAAAGUUUACAUCAUCGUCGCCAUCAUCUAGUGUAGGCUUAGUAUGCCGAUUGUUCGGGAUACCUCUGUCACUGUUUUACACUUCAUAACUUCAACAACUUCAUACA